AAUAGUUCCUAUUCCUGUUGCAAGAGCUAUACUUCAACUAUUUCCUUGUUGCUCGCUCCAGGGAUCUCCGUCUGAGAUACAAGGCUGGUAUCAGUCGGAUCAGCAUAAUAAAGAAACCGCUUCCUAGUUUGCGCCAUCUCUGUGACGGUUUCCCCUAGCUUGUUGGCCCGCGAAGGACACGAUACAAGAUGCCCGGCAAGAUUUCAGAGGAGGGGAUCUGUCAGUCGGUCCUUACUUUCGUGACUGACGGCACUUAUCCUUCCUCAGAAAAGAUCAUUGCGGCCGAGUUUCCUGUCUCUGCACUGUCUAAGGAAUUGGAGCUGAUCUCAAAAGCUAGAGAACAAGUUGAGGCCGAAAUAAACUCUCUCAGUCGCGAGAACAAUUUUGAUGCGGACGGUUGGAUCUCCCAAGCGAAACAACUUCAUGCAGACAUUGAGCGCUCCAGGGUCACUGCCCGAGAGAUCGUGAAGCAACAUGAAAAUACCACUCCUCUACAGCUGAAGGUGGAGGAUGCCGCUGCGAAGGUCGGAUUGAUUGAGACUGAAAUUGCUUUCAACCAGGCGGUGACCAGUGCUCUGGAGGAGGUGCAGGGGCUCUGCCGGCAGCUGGAAGAUGGUCGGUCAGCACUGGGAGAGGGCCGGAUCAUGGCCGUGAUCGACACGCUAGAGGCAGCUGAGCUAGCAAUGAGACAGAAUGAUCACUUUGCGAACACCAACGUCUUGCACAUCCUGUUGGAGAAUGUCGCCGGUCUGCGAAAGCAGGUCGUUGAUGUCAUUCUUUCUCAAUGGAAUGAGCAGCUGAAGAUUGAAAGACGGGAAGGGAAGUUAACCGCUCAAAAAGACGGUGACCGCCUAGAAGAAACGAUCGCAGCCCUAAACAGAAUGGAGAUAUUCGUCACUGCGCGCGACAAGUUUGCAAAAGACAUAAUGAUUGCAUUACUAGACCCAAUCUUGAUGCGAGGCGUUGAUGGUCAAAGCCGCGGGAUUCUGAUUUCUGAAUCCUCAGUUCAAGUGGAGUCGCAAGCAUCGAAAACCUCAGUCCCUGAAGUCCUCGGACACAUAAGCAACCUUCUUGGUUUCUUGCGACAGGCUGUACCAACCUCCGUUGUCGACUCAUUCUCGGACUCGCUGAUUCCCUCAUUGUCCUCGAAGAUGAUCAAAUCGUGGCUGUCACCCUCCAUCCCCAUCGAGCUGGGAGGGCUUCAAGACUUCGAGCAUACCCUGGAUUGUGUCCUUAAAUUCACAAAGUCUGUGGAGGACCUAGGCUGGCAUGGCUAUGAGGAACUUACUUCUUGGGUUAACCAAGCUUCUCGACUUUGGCUUGCCAAGCGGAGGGUUAACUCUCUGGACCAAGUUCGUAAAGUCCUCGCUGCGAGCCAAGGCAGCACAAAGCAGGUGGAAAAGGUCGAAGUGGAGGUAGUAUCUGAGCAAGAUGACACGCUAUUGGAGAACGCCCCAGCCGAUGACUGGGAUGCCAGCUGGGAUGACGACAAUGCAGGUGAAACUGAAGGCAAGGUUUCUAAAAGUCAAGACGACGAAGAGGACGUGAGUGCAUGGGGGCUCGAUGACGAUGACACCGAGGAACAAAACUCGAAGUCUCAAGUAGGCGCUCCAGCUGAAGACGAUGCCGGUGACGCUUGGGGCUGGGGAGAUGACGAUGACGAUGACCAGAACGUCAAUCAACCACAGCCCGGAAAGUCGCAAGCCAGUCAGCACGCCAACGGCAAAAGUGCAAGGCAGCCUACUUCUUCGAGGGAGAUAACUCUGACCGAAAGAUACACUAUCACGGAUAUACCUCAUUCCAUCGUGGAUAUCAUAAAACAACAGAUCGUUGAUUCCCGAGCUAUAAAUCAGCCUGAACAUUCACAUUCCCGCGUGGUAUCGUCUGGGACGGGGCUGCUUGCACUCCCAACCCUGAUCCUCGCCAUGUUCAAGGCCACUGCCUCAUCCUUCUAUGAUCAUAAAUUGAAUGCUGGGCAAAUGUAUCUUUACAAUGAUACUCAGUAUCUUGCUGGCGAAAUACGUACCAUCAUGGAGGCGCACCAGCUUACACGAUUACAAGGCGACAUUGAUGCGGUGGAGAGAUUUGGCAAACUCGCAUAUAGCAAAGAGAUGCAAACCCAGCGCACCAUUGUGACUGAUCUUCUCGACGGCGCCCAAGGAUUCAGCCAGUGCUCUGAGCAACCGUAUCUGAGCGAAUGUGAGAAUGCAGUCGCUGCCACCGUUGACAGAAUUCGGGGUGUCUAUGCCGAAUGGCAGCCGAUUUUAUCGCACUCAGCCCUUCUUCAGUCAAUCGGAUCCUUGGUCUCGACCGUGAUCAGCAAGAUGAUAAUCGAGAUUGAAGACUUGGGUGACAUCUCAGAACCCCAGUCGCAACGACUUGUAUCAUUCUGCAACCAAGUUUCGAAGUUGGAAGAGCUGUUCAUGCCCGAAGCAAAAGACAAUACUGAGCGUGUACCCAUGACUGCGGUCUAUGUGCCAACUUGGCUCAAAUUCCAAUAUCUCAUCAAUAUUCUCGAGAGCUCGCUAGCCGAUAUUAGAUAUCUCUGGGUUGAAGGAGAACUACGCCUGGAGUUUUCGCCCGAAGAGGUCAUUGACCUGAUCGAGGCGCUGUUCGCCGAAUCCGAGUAUCGGCGGAAAGCGCUUGCGGACAUCCGACGGGAAUCUCGGGGUCAAUGGAGAUAAGUUGGAUCAGGGAAGAUCUGUGUAUAUAUGACACCGUGUACGAGGGAAAUAUAAAUAUCUUCUGAUUUGGUC